GUAAAGUGCUCUCUCUCUCUCACACAUCUCUCUCAUCCUCUCGUUUCGGCCAACGUCGUCGCCACGAUCCACGACGAUUCAGCUCCGACUAACACCACCAAUUAAUCGAUUCAACUCCUCAUUUCCUUUUAAUUUUCUCAAUUUCUCGUUUUCCCCUCUCUAAUUCGAAACCCUAAUUUCCCCAAUUACAAUCCCACCCCACCUCCUUUCGAGAUUCCAAGACUUGGGUCUUGAUCCCACGCAACUAAAUCGAAGAAGCCCUCAAUUUCCCUCACCAAAGUCGCGACCUUUAAGAUCUCGUCUCUGCUUGAUGGACGCAAUUAGGGUUUCCACGGAGUCAACCUCUCACACGGAAACAAUCAACGGCACACACGAAUUCAAAAUCAGCGGAUACUCUCUAAUCAAAGGAAUGGGUGUAGGCAAAUACGUGGCCUCUGAGACUUUCACCCUCGGUGGAUACUCCUGGGCCAUUUACUUUUACCCAGAUGGGAAGAGUCCUGAGGAUAACUCUGCUUACGUGUCUCUCUUUAUAGCUUUGGCGAGCGAAGGAGCUGAUGUGAGAGCUUUGUUUGAGCUGACGCUUGUGGAUCAGAGCGGUAAUGAAAGGCAUAAGGUGCAUAGCCAUUUUGGGAGGACUCUUGAGAGUGGGCCUUAUACUCUUAAGUACAGAGGAAGUAUGUGGGGUUAUAAACGGUUUUUUAAGAGGUCUCUGUUGGAGUCAUCUGAUUAUUUGAAGGAUAAUUGUUUGUUGGUUCGGUGUUGUGUUGGGUUGGUGAAGUCAAGGACAGAGGGACCGAGGAGUUAUAAUAUCCCUGUGCCGGUUUCUGAGUUUGGUAAUCAGUUUGGGAAGCUUUUGGAGAGUGGGAGAGGAGUUGAUGUUACAUUUCAAGUUGAUGGAGAGACGUUUCCUGCUCAUAAGUUGGUUGUUGCGGCUCGUUCUCCUGUUUUCAGGGCGCAGAUCUUUGGUCCGUUGAGAAAUCAUGAUACUAAUUGUAUUAACAUAGAAGACAUGGGAGCUCCCAUUUUCAAGAUGUUCCUCCAUUUUAUCUACUGGGACGAACUGCCUGAUAUGCAAGACGUUAUGGGGACAGACUUUAAAUGGGCAGCGACUCUUGUGGCUCAGCAUCUUCUUGCCGCUGCAGACCGUUAUGCUCUUGACAGACUUAGAACAAUCUGCGAGUCACAACUCUGUGAAGGAAUUAGCAUCAACACGGUUGCAACCACCUUGGCUCUAGCAGAGCAGCAUCAUUGUUUUCAGCUGAAAUCUGCUUGCCUCAAAUUCAUAGCUUUGCCAGAAAACCUAAAAGCUGUGAUGGAAACGGAUGGGUUUGAUUAUCUGAAGGAAAGCUGCCCUUGCUUACUAAGUGAGCUCUUGGAGUAUGUGGCUAGGCUGAGUGAGCAUUCUUUACCAUCAUCAGGGCAUGGGAAGGAGUUAUAUGUUGAGGGCUGUGACGUUAAUGGGAGACGAGUGAAGCAACGGUUACACUAAAUAACCAACUCUUGAGGGAGAUAGUGACUUGUAACACUUUGGUAAACACAAUUGUAGAAGAGUCAUGAUUUGUGCAUUUUUCAUUUGUAAAAGGAUUAGUGAUUGUAAUCUGUGUUGUUCAGUAAGUAGAGUGUAAAAUGUUGUUUUUGUAUUCUUGUGUGACCCCCAAAGAUUCUACUUCUCAAGGAAAAAAGGUUUCAUACGAAA